CCGCCUGUUGUACCUUCAGACUCUGGUACACAGAUUGCAACACCACUCUCCACUGGACCUUUCAGCCACAACAACAUAUGCAGCGUUGCGAUCCUGCAGCCACCUUGUUUACGAGUGUAUAACCUGAAUCUGUUUAUCAUCAUGGUUGCGGUUACUAAGGAGACAUGAAGACGUGACAUUGAGGAAACGUGAGCAGGCCGGGAAGGAUCCUGGAGGUUUCCUGACUCCAGCUGACCGGAGUUCGGUUCGGUGGUGCUGAGAGUCAGGCAUCACUUCACCUCAUGUCACAAACCCAAACAAAACAGCUGUGAUGUGGAGGACUACAAAGGUCUGAAGUUGUUUCGAAUUAGUAUGCGAGGGUUUUGAGUUAGCGGAGACCACCAACCUACGCCUGGGAAGCUAAAGUAGCCUGUUAGCUGGUGGUGCUAACCGCGGCAGCAGCAGCCGUGGUGGAGUGAGUGGCCGGCUGGGCGGCUGGCUGGGCGGGUUGUGUUUGGAAAGUGGAGCAGCUCGCCGGUGCCCUGAAUUCAGGAAGAGUCCCCGGCUCCGGCCCCCUCAAGCGGGCAGUCAGGAAGAAGCUGGCUGGGAAGGGAUGGCCAGGUCGGUCCUCCCGUACCAAAGGACAAGGCUCUGCGGUGUUUGAAGGAGGUCGAGUCCGGCUGGAGGCCACCACCGCGGGGCGAGGCGCUAUGAUGGCCGCCUCCCCCUCCUCGGCCUCCGGGCUGUCUGUCAAAAAGAGCGAGGAAAUAGCGGAUUUGAUAGAUUUGUUUUCCAAGAUGCAGUACAGAGCAAAGGAAAUGACUUCUCGGGUGGAGGCGAUAGAGAAGCGUUGUCUGGAGUUAUUUGCCAGAGAUUACAAGUACAGUAUCAUUCACAACCCCAAUGGAGAAGUGUGUGGCCACUACCCCCGGCAGAUAGUUUUUCUGGAGUACGAAUGCACAGAUGUCGAGAGAGACAGAUUUGAGAGCACAGUGCAGAUCAGUAAGCUGCAGGACCUGGUGAAUCGGAGUAAAUUGGCUCGCUGCAGAGGGAGGUUCGUGUGUCCUGUGAUCCUCUACAAUGGCAAGCAUAUUUGCCGAUCGUCCACUCUGGCAGGAUGGGGGGAGCUGUAUGGACGCACGGGCUACAACUACAUCUUCUCAGGAGGCACUGAUGACACGUGGACAGAGUCUGAGGAGGUUCCAGAGGAUGACAGUGCAGUCAGGAAUGGGGACUCCCAGCUCUUUGACAAGGUUCGAGGCCACGACAUUAAGCUGCUACGUUACCUCUCGGUUCGCUACAUCUGUGACCUGAUGGUGGAGAACAAGAAGGUUAAGUUUGGCCUAAAUGUGACGUCCUCUGAGAAGGCGGACAAGGCCCAACGCUAUGCAGACUUCACCUUGCUCUCUGUGCCUUACCCAGGGUGUGAGUUUUUUAAGGACUACAGAGACAGAGACUACACAGCAGAGGGUCUGGUGUUCAACUGGAAUCAGGACUAUGUGGACGCUCCUUUGACAAUCCCGAUGUGCUUUACUCAGAACUUGAACAUUGACUGGUCUCGAUAUCAGUCGUGGGACCUGGUGGAACAGACCCAGAACUACCUGAAGCUGCUGCUCCACAUCAUCAACAGUGAUGAUGAGAGUGGUCUCCUGGUGCACUGCAUAUCAGGCUGGGACCGAACGCCUCUGUUUGUGUCCCUCCUCCGGCUCUCCUUGUGGGCAGAUGGCGCCGUGCACGCCAGCCUGGAACCGGCCGAGAUCCUGUUUCUGACCAUCGCUUACGACUGGUUUCUCUUUGGUCACAUGCUGCCAGAUCGACUCUCCAAAGGGGAGGAGAUUUUCUUUUUUUGCUUCAAUUUUUUGAAGCACAUUGUCUCAGAGAAGUUCUCAGCUGUUAAGAAACAGAGAAGGAAGAACUCCCACUUCAAAGACAGUGAUUUCACUGUGGAAGAUCUCUGCCAGUUAAAGUCGAGGGAUCGCGGCAGUGUGACCAGCCUGAGCAGUGACUUCUCCCUCAUCACUGAGGAGGCGGGCGCCGCCUCCAGCCUCACCAACGACACUGUGGACCUGUUCUCCGGCCAACCCCAGGCCUCCAGCUGGAGGAAAGGCCCCACCUCCUCUCCUCAGAUGGUUGUUUGGAAUAAACAGAACCCUCUGGACGAGCACCUCAACCAUCCACUCAAUGAGGCCAGGUCUUCCAGCUCCUCCUCCUCCAACCAAUCAGAACACGCUGUCACACGCACUGGCAGCAGCCCUUUGGCUGUCCCUGGAAGAAGGUUAGCAGCAGACUACACUCGGUCAGGUUCCUCCCUCUCCACAGAGUACGGGAGCUGGCAGAUAGUUUCAGGUUGUGGCAGCAUCCACGAUCACGCUCACUUCCCUCCACCGCUGGCCUCCGCCUCAUCCACCUCGUCUGCUGUAGCUGCUGCCUACGACUCGCCCCUGCCCUUCAGUUUUCAGGAUGAAGGACCGAGUGGACGAAUGUGUCCCUUCCCUUCUGAGCGCCAGGCCCGUCUGGAGGCGGUGCGGGAAGUCUUCCUGGCAGCCUACAGCUCCACUGUUGGCCUCAAGUCUUCAGCGUCCAGCCCCUCUGGCGCCAUCUCCGGCCUGCUGGAGCAGUUUGCUCGUGGGGUCGGCCUCCGGGGCACCAACGCCAUCGUCUGAACCCUCUUAAUGUGACUUCUUCUGCUUCCACUCAUCCACUCAUCCAUCCUUCCAUCCACAGUUGACACAACAUGCCUGGACUCAGUACAAUAAAGUGCCAAACAUCUCUGUUCAGUUCAGGGAUGAAGCAUUUUUCUUUCAUGAAUUUUCUUUGAUUUUUUUUUUUUUUUCAGAGCUUUUUUUUUUUAUGCGUGAAUUUUUUUUUCCUGUGCUGCUUUUCUUUGGACUCUGUUGAGUUCAUCAGUCUCAUUCAGGAAGGGAAAUGUUUCAGCCACAGUAUCAAAAAGGGAUAUUACGAAGGCUUUCUAGCUGCUGAAAUGUUAAAGGCUGAGAACAUGGGGGGCUGUACCUGUUACAGGCAGAAUAUAAAUACUUCUUCCUUCCUCUGUUCUUCCUUAAUCUGUUCCUUUUUUAACAAAAAUCUCUUAAGAGUCUUUGCCGUGACCGUCCCAUGUACAGGCAGCCAUACUGAAUGUUUCUCUUGCUUUGUGCUGCUAUUCAUUACUGAUCCAAGCAGAGGGAUGUUGUUUUGUUUAGGUGGAUUUAAAGACCAGUUAAACAGCACUUAUUGUGUUCUCACAGGUAUGGCACCAAGCUGUUUUUAGUUUAGUCAUUUAGCACAGUCGAUUCAAAUCAGAAUAUCUAAUCAGUUCUAAAGUUUACAGAUUUGGGAUCUAGACUUAAAAGAAAGGUUGACUUUUUAAAAGUUUUACUUCAUGUAAUACUCACAUGCCAUAUGCAUGCUGAAUGGGCUGCUGUAAUGACUUCAGUUGAAGGAUCCCUUCAUAGCACAGUUAGGGGACGAAAUCUACAGUCCUCUUUCAGCUGAAGCUAAUAUGAGUUAGUGGCAGUGUUUGUCCUGGUCUUGCAUCACAUUCUGUGACUUGAAUAGGAACUUCAGUCUUGGAAAGAUCCCCUUGGGAUUAAGAGUUAAUUUUAAUUGUAGCAAACUAGUCGUCUGACCACAUCUCAAAGUGUUUUUACCUGUUGUGAAAGGAAAAGCCUUGAAGCCUGCUGUCAGAGAGGAGUGACAGGAGCCGUUCGACAGUGUUCACGUUGACACGGUAACCUGUUGAAGAUAUUCAUGGUGUUUUAUAGGCAGAGAAGUCCAAUUCCUGCCUCGGUUCUCACCUACACACCGGCUCAGUCACUGUGUGAAGUGGCCUGAUUGACGGUUUGGUAGAGUUACAGGAACUGCUCGAUGCAGUGCUUCAGCUUUUGAUUUGAUUUGAACUGAACUACACAAACUAGUUAGUGUGAUGUUUUGUCCGAACACGUCUCAAGGCAAAAGUGUUUAAGAAUGGUCACAGUGGGAGGAAAACCAGUCUAGAGAAAAGGGACAAUUACAGCAACUCUUUGAGCAUCUUACAGCAUGUGAAGAUUUAACUUUGGCGUGAUAUUUUCUUUAUAAAUUAAUUUGUAAUGUUUAAACGUCGACAGGGACUGUUGCUGAAUGAGCUCACAUAGCACAGUUUUUGAAGAUCUUAAACAAGGAAAUAAGGUAAUGCACGUAUCCAAUCGUUUCACCUCGCCAGUCUAAUGUCUCCAUAUCCUCUACUUGAGCCCGUAUCCAGUCAUUUCUUCUUCAGUAGCACUGACAUGGUAGCACAGAAGGCACUGAGCAUUGUGGUAGCAAAUCUGUAAAACCUGAAGGCCUUGUCAAUGUUCUUUCUUGUUGGACUCCAGUGAAGCGAGGUCCACGUGAUUCCUGCCAGUGCUGAGAUUUCUGCCCAGCUAUUAUCACACAAAGGUGCACCUUCUUUCAGGUCACACUUGGACAGACAUUUCUACCUGAGCUACUUUUGGGUAGACGCCGUCUUCCAAGUCAUUUUCUUGAGAGAAUUCUGUUGAGAGAUGUUACUAGAAACUAGCUUGUUACUAGAAACUGUUUUGACGGCUGCUGUACCUCAGGACCUUUUGUUGUGCCUUUUUAUCGUCAGUAAAACUGGAUCAGAUGUUUAUUCUUUGGUCCAGUUUCAGGUGUAUUUCUGUUUCCUAAGUAGUUUUAAGAGUUUGGGAUGUUUGCAGCUCAUUGUUAAUGAAAGUUUUGACUGUAGAGCAUUAGCCGCGUUAGCUUUGCAAUAAAGCUUUUGGAGUGUCCCUGUUAUCUCUCACACGGUUGCAACAUUCUAAUUUUUUGUUGUUGUACAGUAACCUAGAGCUGUUGAGUCUUAUGGACACCCCUGAUGAGUGAGAUUUUCAUUUCAGCUUUUGGAGAGACAACUGUACUGUCGGUAAAGAGGAUUUAUUGAUUUAAGGAAUAAUUAUUGAAGGAAUUUUGGGAAAAUACAUCUAUUCACUUCUUCUGAUAGUAAGACGAGAAGAUCGACACCAGUGUCAUGUCUGGUUUAAAUACAGAGCCAGAAGCCAGGACGCAUUUAGCAUAAAAUAGCAUAAAGUCUCAAAAGGAAGCAGCUACCUUAGUCCAGCUUAAUGUGCGCAUAACAACACUUCAAAAACAAGUUUGGGUUAAACUUAUAAGAUAUCCGUCAGCCAGUUUUAGAGGUGUUAGGUGAAUUCUUCAGACUGGAUUUAGUUAGCUUUCCCUCCUUUUCCUCGUCUUUAUGCUAAGCUAGGCUAGUCCCCCUCUGACUGAAGCUCUGUAUUUAAUGCAUAGACAGGAGACUGGGAUUCAUUUUCAAUCUCACUCUCAGAAAGAACUAGAACAAGCACAUUUCCCAAAAUAUUCAAAGAUAAUUUCAACUUGCAGAAUUCAAUGUUCUGCUUGAUUCUAAAUUCUACUUUCUUUUUGCUACACAAACACAUUUGCUAAGCUGCUUCAGCAACAGAAGUGUACAUCCCUUUAUUCUCAAUGCAUUAAGGAAUUUGUGAACAUUUGGUCACAUGGCUGGAUGUGUCGGCUCUCUGCAUGGGCUGUCGGAGUGGUCUAAUUUUGUAUCCCUCCACAAACUGACACUAGAGCAACCUGUCCAGCUUUAUUUGGGAGAAGUCGGACUUUCAGUCGUGACCUCAUCUCCUUGACAGGUUUUAAGCUUUCUUUUUAUUCAUCUUUUCUGAAAAGGAGUUCUAAUAUAGUUAAAGUUUCAUAUGGUUUAUUUUUAUUUUGGUAUCAUUUCUACUGUUGUCCUGGAGCUUUGAAGCAGCCAAUCCCAGGACGCUUAAGAGAAUAUCGUCAUUGUCAAAUUGCUGAAAAUAGUCAUUUUAAGAAAAAAACAAAACACAAAUCUCAUUCUGUCCCAACUGCAACAUAUGAUGGUUUUAUUUGUUUUACAUUUUUAUUUCAGAAUCUUUUAUUAAAA